GUCACUAAUAACAGGAAUAGAAUUAUGCAGUGGUUGUAUGGGCGAAUUGCUUGAAAUAUAAUUUUUUCCGUCCUAUAUUUCCAUGGACAUCAGCAUUAUAUUUCUCAGGCUAAUGUUAUGGACUUACUACAAAAUUUACCUGAAACUAAGACCCUUGUAUCCCUUUUAAAUCAUGAUGCUCAGACCUAUUUAACAGAUCAACAAAAUAUCACAUUUUUUGCUCCAAAUAAUAAUGCGUUUAAUGAAAAUAGUGUCGAAUUUAAUAGCUUUUACCAUACUUUACCAGUGUACCAUCUAGAUUGGAACAUGACUUUAUUUGAGUCGACAAGUUAUAAUAAGAGUCUCUUGAAACUAUCAUUUAAUAAUCAGCAAAAGACUGUGGAAUCAGGCAUGAUGUUGUAUGCGAAUGUGCUGAAAACGAUUCCGAUCGGCCAUCAAAAUAGCGUUGUGCAUAUAAUCGAUAAAAUCCUAGCGACACCCUCUGAUAUUAUCACAACACUAACAGGGUUGGGAUUCACAAAGGCCAAAGACAUGUUGGGAUCUACCAGUUUACCUUUAAAUCAACAGCUUACAGUGUUUAUUCCAAACAACCAAGCUUUUGGUACUGUCGAUCCGGCUACUUUAGGCGAUGAUUUACUCUCACAAGCACAUGUCUCUGACAAAUUAGUUACCAGUAACUUAUGGACAAACAAGAUGAUGUUGACCAGUUUAAACGGGUUCAAAAUGACAUUAAUCGAAAAAAGUAAAAACGACUGGCAAGUUUGUGAGUCCUUACAGUUUCCGGCAAAAAUUCUUUCAAAAGACGUUCUUUUUGAUAAUGGAGUGAUGCAUAUAAUCGAUCAAGUCCUUUGGCCAAGUAUCUAAGGAGUUACGUAGUGGCUUUUCUUAAAAAUAACACGACUAAAAUAAAACAGAUUACAAAAUCAUGGUAUAAGCUGUUUACAAAUAAAUAAAAGCAAUC